CACCACGAUCGGCGGAAAAACUCUUUGGUGGUUCAUCAGCCACCCGACAGCCCGGACUUGACAGCCGCGAGCCAAACCAUGUCAUUGCGCGUUCGACGGCGUCGAGAAGUGUUCCUUGUCCAGUGUUCACGCCUAUCCCAACGCCUGGAGAGAGAGAGGUAGAGCGCGGCCACUAGACACACUCCGAAAUCCACCUGGAGUCGCACCGCCAAACCAUCUCACCAUCCAGACGAACUUGCGAGGUCCAUCGAAAAGGCUCUGCGGCUCGCCCAAACAGGUCCUUCAGAGUUCAAUCAAUCUGAUUCAUCAAUUCAUUUGCGGUGCAGAAUCAGAGUUCGGCCUCAACCCGCUUCGCUCUCUAUCAUUCUCUCCCUUUCUCGCUCCAUCCAGCCAACAUCCCUACAAGCAACCACUUAACGCCACUUUGGGCCACCACAUUCACCAUCAUAAUCAGUGAGCUUUCUUGUACUGCUAUGCAGUUGUCCUUCGCAUGUCGUCCGUUACUCAUGCACCUUCUCCUUUCCCACCAUCCUCUGUCACUCCUUUGAAGAAGCCUACCCAGGUCAAGUUCUUCCGCCCGGGUCAAAUGGCUCUGUUUGCGAAACUCGCUGUGUACCCUCCUCUGUCACAGGUUACUGUGGUAUCUCCCACUCGAGGAAAAUUCAAUUUUACAGUCAUACUCGAAUCUUCCAAGUCUUUACCCGAAAGACCUUGGGAAGUAUCAAUAUGGUACGAUUAUGGCAGUUAUACCGGUACCAAAUCGCCCUGGCAGGCUCUUGACCUCAAGCCCGUCGAUCAUACCCCAGCCGUACUUCAUGACGACACUGAAAGCUCGAAUUAUCGGUACACCUUUUCCGGUGAUCUCGACAGUCCUUAUACCUCCCCAGAUCGGACCUACAAAGGUCGGAGGGUGCCCUUCACCGUACGCUAUCGCAUAGAUGCCGAUACGGAGUGGUCGUGGGCAUACCACAACUUUGGGACGAGGGAUGGUGAACUCGUCUUACAGCCUCCCAUCGACCCCAACUUUUUAGGAGCGUAUCCUGUCGAGAUCAGCGAAGGCUGGACUAUCAGGAAAACGCCGAGUGAAGCACCAGCAGCCCGACUCUACACAAUUGAAUCUGCUCAUCCCAUACCGACGCCUAAAGAAGGAAACGCGAAACUCGAAUCCCUUGUGCUUGGUCGCGUGACUCAAGUUUGCAGGUGGUUCGCCCUCGUGAGAAUAUGGGAACCUUGGUGGGCACCUCGACAUGGCGAAACCCAACUGCGCCUGUCAGAACCGGCCAUUCUGCUUUCCUUUCUGCGAUCCGAUGGUCUGCACGUUGUUCUAUUAGCGAUCAAUGGCGUCGAUGAGUCACUUACACAGUUCAAAUCAACCGAUAACGGAGAAAUCGUGGUGGAAGCCCGAAACGACUCGGGCAAGGAUCGAAAGUUCAAAGUCCUGGCCGCUUCUGCAUGGAAAUUUGAGGUUGCCAACGCUGCAGUGAUGUACGAGGCCCGGAAACUGGUUCGCCAAACCACCGCAUACAACCAGCUUGUGGAGCAGCUUGAGCAAUUACCAAAGGACAUAAGGGCCGAAUCGGUGGAUUCAGAUACUGUCCUUGUCAAUUACAGCAAGGCAACAGACGAUCCCACAUUUACUCCACAGUGGCUGGAAUCUUGGUACGACAGUCUGGGCUACUGCACUUGGAACUCCCUUGGUCAAGAUCUCAACACGGAGAAAAUCAUGGCAGGCUUGGACUCCCUGGCGAAGAAUAAAAUUCACAUAUCGACACUCGUCAUCGAUGACAACUGGCAGUCCCUUUCCGGCAAACAAGGCGAGACCUCACAAAUCGAGCGCGGCUGGACCGCAUUCGAGGCCAACCCGAUCGGUUUCCCUGACGGCUUGAAAGCAGCGGUGUCCAAGAUCCGCGAAACACAUCCCGCCAUCCGUGACAUCGCAGUAUGGCACGCAUUGAACGGCUAUUGGGGUGGCAUUUCUCCCGAUGGGGAGAUUGCGAAGAACUACAAGACCGUCGAAGUCAACUAUCAUGAAGGAAGCAACUUGGGCAACCGGAAACUCGCUGUUCAUCCAGACGACAUUCACCGAUUAUAUGAUGAUUUCUACCGUUUCCUGUCCAACGCCGGCGUUACAGGCGUCAAGACAGACGUACAAUUCUCCCUCGACCUUCUCGCCGACACGAAAGACCGAAAUUCCUUCACCAACACCUACCAAUCUGCCUGGACUCAAGCGCACCUCCGCCAUCUCUCGGGCCGAGCCAUCUCCUGCAUGUCAAUGGUCCCUCAAAUUCUUUACCACAGCUUCCUGCCCACGACGACGCCUAGAAUCAUGUUACGAAACAGCGACGAUUUCUUCCCUGAUGUCCCCACCUCCCAUGCCUGGCAUGUUUUUGCCAACGGCCACAACGCACUGUUCACCCAGCAUCUCAACAUCCUUCCCGACUGGGACAUGUUCCAGUCCGAUCACCCAUACAGUGGCUUCCAUGCCGCCGCCCGCUGUCUAUCGGGCGGACCAAUCUACAUCACCGACACACCAGGCAAGCACGACGUGAACCUGAUCAACCAAAUGACUGCCAUCAACCCCCGAGGCCAAACUGUCAUCCUCCGCCCCAGCACUGUCGGUAAGACAAUGGGAGUCUACGACAAGUACGAUGAAAGAGGUAUUUUCAAGCUCGGCGUGUACGACGGCAAAACGGACGUGGGGACAGGUUUUCUUGGGGUAUUCAACAUUGCAGAAUCCGAAAUCAGUUUCAUCCUCCCCAUCACAAAGUUCCCCGGCGUCAAUGCCCCGGAGUCGACAGCCGACGACUCGGGCGUGUCGCGCAAAAAGUGGAUCGUCCGAUCUCACAUGUCGCAACGAAUCACUUCUCCUAUCCAUCCCUCUGACCCUAUUCGACCGGACAGUCUUCUACAAUGUACACUUCCUAUACGUGGCUACGAUGUCUGGACCGCUCUUCCGGUCCAUACCUUCCAUUUGUCCUCUUCUUCAACCGUGGACGUCGCACUUCUCGGUCUCCUCGGCAAAUUCACGGGCGCAUGUGCCAUCAUCGAAUCGAGUUUCAACCUUGCAGAAUCCGAGACGGAUAUUGACGCCCAAUCAGGCUCACGACUGAAGAUCCACGUCCAAUUGAAAGCGCUGGGUGUCUUUGGUAUUUGGUUGUCCGACGCAGAAUCCAGCUCGCGCAAGGUCGUUGACAUGAUGGUCAUGAUACUGGGCAAGCCUGUUCCACCGCAUGUCGUCAAGCUGAGCUCCAGCAAUGUGCCGCAGGGAAGUGGCGUUUUGGAGAUCGAUGUCGAGGCGGCCUGGAAUGAGAUGGAAUUGGAGCCGGGCUGGAGCAAUGAGUUUGGCAUUGAUGUCUAUUUGAAGUAGACCUCCGAUCUCUCAAGAUCUUGGGUGUCGUCAUUCCAAACGAUCCACCCGCCCAUCUUCGAGACGCUAGCCACGAUUGAAGUCACCGAACGAUUUAUCUGUACCCGUUAAGGGGUUAUGGUUCCCAGAUUCCGGAAAAUCAGCCUGCUCAGCCCCAUACCGAAGAUAACAGGGGUUACUGCAGGACUCCACCGUCGCCUUUGCAUCCUCCGCCGCACUUGGAGAAAAUACAGCAUGUGCCGCGCAGACAUACACCUCCUGACAUCGGCGCGAAUGUUUGCCAUACACGUCCUAGAAACUAGAUCCUACAGGCC